AUGGAGAGGAACGUAUUGGUGGUAUCACUUUUCCUUCUGCUCCCCACCCCAUUUGCGUUCGCUGGCCAAAUUCCGGCGAUAUUCACCUUCGGAAACUCCUUAUUUGAUGCUGGAAACAACCAUUUCAACAAGAAUUGCAGCAUCCAAGCUGAUUUCCCGCCUUAUGGUCGGAACUUCUUCCACCACCCCACCGGAAGAUUCACAAAUGGCAGAACCAUCGCUGACUUCAUAUCUGAGUUGGUAGGCCUCCCGAUUCAGGAGCCAUACCUUGAGGUGGAAUUAAAGAUAGAGAUGGGGAGCAUCAAGGAUUACCCCAAGACGGGCAUCAAUUUUGCAAGUGCUGGGAGUGGACUUUUACAAGAAACCAGCAGAGACUGGGGCGUUACACCCAUCCAAACCCAGUUCAAACAGUUGGAGAACCUUGUGAAACAAAAGAAGCUGGACCAGUCGAUCAUCAAAAAUGCAUUCUUCCUUUUUGAGUCCGGUUCGAAUGAUGUAUUCCAAUACUUCAUACCAGCCGCAGAUGAAAGAGAGCCCCCACAGUCCUUCGUUGCACGUAUGUUGAAAGAGAUACUGACAGUGAUCAAUGGGGUGUAUGCACUUGGCGCACGACGCAUCGUGGCCCUUGGAUUGGGUCCGGUGGGGUGCAUCCCGGCACGAUCACUCUUGCCAGAUGCACCUGUUGAUAAAUGUUAUAAGGAGAUGAACGAUGUGGUCACUGCCUUCAAUCAAGGUUUGGAGCACAAAGUAAUGGAGAUCCCUAAGAAACUGCCUGGUGCAGUGGGAGUGUUUGGAGAUGCCUUCAAUAUGGUGCAACAAUUCAUAUCCUCUCCAAGGCAUUACGGUUUUAAAAACAUGUCAAGUGCUUGUUGUGGUGGUGGAGUCUUGGGAGGUAUGGUCCAAUGUGGCAAAGAUGGUUAUCAGAUUUGCCAGAAUCCUGAUGAGUAUUUGUUUUGGGAUUUCUUUCAUCCAACAGAGCACGCCAACAACCUUCUCUCUAAGGCCUUUUGGAGUGGGAAGAGCUCAAGAAUAAGGCCUCUUAACUUGAAGGCUUUGACAAACACCAUAGUUUCUUGA